AUGGCAUCAGAAAAAGAAAGUCGGGUGGGAUCUGUACUGUCUGCAGAGUCUAUAAAAGUAAUUGCAGAAUCUAUUGGUGUGUCAGGAUUGCAAGAUGAAGCAGCAGCUUUCCUAGCAGAAGACAUUUCCUACAGAUUGAAACUCAUUGUGCAGGAAGCUGAAAAGUUGAGACAGCACAGCAAAAGAACCAAGCUGAUGUGCUCUGACUUUGACACAGCUCUGCAGAUGAAAAAUGUUGAGCCCAUAUAUGGACACACAAAUAGAGAUGGGUACAUUCCAUUCCGGCAUGCAAGUGGUGGCGGACGUGAAAUUUUCUUUACUGAAGAAAAAGAAGUGGAUCUCCAAGCCAUUGUUGGAGAACCUUUGCCCAAAAUACCCAGUGACGUCACAUUGAAAGCACAUUGGUUAUGCAUUGAUGGAGUGCAGCCUGCCUUACCUGAGAAUCCACCACCAGCCACCAAAGACCACCAGAAGCAGGAGAUUCUAGACACUUCCCUAAAGACUAGUAUUAACCGGCCACACAAACGACCACACCCCGACAGCAUGAAAUAUAAGCACCAUUACAAACACAAGGACACAGUCAAGUUGAAGAACCUCACUACUCAUGAAUUAUCAGUUGAGCAGCAAUAUUACUACAAGGAGAUCACAGAAAGUUGUGUUGGGCCCGAUGAACAGAAGAGAUCAGAAGCUUUGCAGAGUCUCCAGCAAGAUCCAGGAUUACACCAAAUGCUGCCAAGAUUUGUGGCUUUUGCCGCAGAAGGUGUCAAUAUUAAUGUUGUACAGAAUAAUCUUGCUCUUUUGAUCUACCUUAUGAGGAUGGUCAAGUCUUUGUUGGACAACCCAACAUUAUAUUUGGACAAAUAUCUUCACAACUUGCUGCCAGCAGUGAUGACUUGUGUGGUCAGUAAACAGUUGUGCUUGCGGCCAGAUAUGGACAACCACUGGGCAUUGAGGGACUUUGCUGCAAGGCUGGUGGCACAGAUCUGUCGGAAUUACAGCAACAAUACUAACAACAUUCAAGCUAGAGUAACCAAGAAGUUCAGUAAGGCAAUACAAAGUGAGAAGGUAUCAUUAGCCACACAGUAUGGAGCUUUAGCUGGCCUAGGCGAGUUGGGUCCAGAGGUCAUCAAGUCAUGUUUGCUGCCUUAUAUCUGCAUGUUGGGUGAGCGUAUCAAGUCAGUUAAUGAGGGAUCUGCACUCAACGUUGAUAAAAUAGCUGCAGAGCAUUUGAAAAAACAACUGCUGAAAUACCUGCCAGGUGUUUUGAAAUCAUUCCACAAUAGUACUGAAACAGUUGAUGAGUUUAAUGUGGCUUAUGGGUACCUUGGCCCCAUGAUGUAUUCAAUGUUCAUACAAAAAGAGAAGAACCUUGCAGCCACAACUUCAGCUGUUCAUUCAUUAGCAGCUCCACGAUCAUCUAUACAGCUGACACAGCGACCUGCCCAGAUUGUGAUUCAGCAGCAGCCUAGCACACCUGUUCCCCCCUCAUCACCGUUCCUCACUCCAACCCCCACCCUGGCUUCUCUGACAUCACGCCCCUUAUCAUCACUGCCCUCUACCCCCACAGGUAUUGGGCAGAAGUUUGUCAUUAUGUCCCAGGCAAGACCCGCAACUCCCAUAGUUCCGCAGUCAUCCAUCAACACAGUUGUCAAGGUAGUCAAUCCUCAGCAAAGUGCCAUGGCAGCUGCCAACUCAGGAGCUGCUCAGAAAAUUGUAGUGAUACAAGGUGAUCCUAAAUCUGAUGAUGUCAGUGUCAGUUUGCGAGCUGCUGUCUUGGGGGGUGCACAGUCAGCACCUCUUGUCCAGCAGCCUGUGACGUCGUCGGCAAAUAGUGGCAUCACUGGGAAGGAAACUUUAUAA